AUGACGGAAACAACACCUGAACAGCAAGUAAAUCGAUGUAAGCAGCUCAGUACUCUGUUUAGCAAAAUCAAUUUAUACGAUGAAAAAGAAAAUUUAUCUCUUGUCGAUCAGCUACUUUCGACACAAAUUUUUCUUUUCUUCUUUAUUAGUUUUCUUUUUAUCAUUACGAUUUUUGCUGCUGUUAGUGUUCAAACAUACAGUGAGACAGUUGAAUCACCAUCAGAAGCACUUUUUGAUUAUUUAUCUCUUCAUUAUCGCACUACACUUUCAUGUCCGUGUCAACAAUCAUCAAUAUCACAAAAGAAUUUUAUUUCAUUUGAUCCUCAUUAUCAUCCAAUAUGUUCGAGUCAAUUGACCAAUCAAUCAUUUAUUUCUUUAUUUUUAUUCGAUGCAAAAAUGAGCGAAUAUUGGCCUUUGGAUUAUCGAGUUAUGAUGGCGUCUCAUUUUCAAAUACUUUCUCUCUUUUGUCAAUCACUUCAACAAACAAUAUCAAGUAAACUCGAGGAAUUUGUUGCGAAACAGUUCAUUAGCAAUGAAGUUUUAUUUCGCGAUAUUUUUGAAGUUCAAAUCACAGGACUUUUUCAACAGAUGAAAAUAAAUACAAUCGCUAAUAAUCGAUAUAUGCGUGAAACUAUCUGGUUCACUAUUACCGGAAAUCGAAUAUUGUCUUCAUUACGUACGAACAUUGCUAUACAGUACAGCCCAAAUGCAGCUGGGAGUGGAUAUGAAGCUUCAUUGAUCUACGCAGGUGUGAAUAAAUCUUGUUCGUGCUAUGGUUUAGACAGUUGUGUACAUCAAGCCGGUAUUUACAAUUGGACAGGACGAAGUGGAGUGGAUAUCAAUACAGUUUUUGGCAACUUAAAUACUGAUCCACCAAUAUUAUUCUCCAUUCCUGGUAUGUUGGUUGGAUGUUUACCCUAUAAUUCAUUAUUGAAAUCUACAUUAGAAUGUCUCUUUGAUCAACAAUGUAUUGAUACAUUUCGAACAUUUAUCAAUAUUUUACCGUUAAUAAAGCCACUUUCAUCAUCCAAUUUUCCAGUUAAUACUACAAUAAAUGAAUUACUGGAUAAUUUAUUGAUUGAAUCUUGGAAUGAACAUAUUAACUUCACUAAUUAUUAUCAUGUCUGUUCACCAUCUACUUGCACGUAUUUAUACAAUCAAAGAUUCAGUUUGGUUUUUAUUAUUUUAACAUUAACUAGUCUAUUUGGUGGUUUAAAAACGGUUACCUAUUUUUUAGCGCCAUUAAUUGUUAAAAUUCUACAGCGAAUCAAGAAAAAACGUCUUUCAAAUAUAAGUGAACAAUCAACAUCAAAUGAGAAAAGUCGUCGAAAAGAACGUUGUAUUGAAUUUAUCAAUCAAAUUUGUCAAGAAAUUCGCACUCUGAAUUUAUUUCCUCAGUCUUCUGAUGUUCAAAAUGGAAUUUAUUCAACUCGUCUCUAUAUUUUAUUUUUAACUAUUGGAAUAAUCAUUUUAGUUGUUUAUAUUGCAAUUUCUGUUCGAACUCGAAGUGUAACAAUUCUUAAACCCACAAUAGACCAAUAUGAAGAACUAUUUGCACGAUAUUCAUCGACACUUAAUUGUCCGUGUAGCCAAUUUUCAAUUUCUCAUUCAGCAAUUGUAACUGUUCAACCAUAUUACCAUCAAAUAUGUUCAAGAGUUUUUAUUAAAGAGUUUUUAUUAUUGUAUAAAAAGAUCCCGUAUAUUGGUAUAGUCAAUCCGUUUGAUUUCCGUCUGCAAUAUUUGUCAUGGUUUGCAUCACUGGAUUUAUUAUGUCAAGGGGCAAAUACAACUAUAACUAAUCAAUUGACUACUUUCAAUGAUACACAAUUUGUUAGUGGUCAAGUGUUACCAGAAGUUAUAUUUCGAUCUCAAAUGGAUACUUUGAUCCAACAAUUUCAAAAUCAAGUAUUAAUCAAAAAUAAAAAGGUUGCUCUUUUUUUUUAUUCAGAUUGUCUUUUGAUUAAUUUAGACCAUUGUUUUGUUUCGUCAGUCGUUUCAACUUCUUCGAAAUGCAAUUCAGUCUGGCGAUUUUAUUCGGCAAAUGAUUAUGAAAAUCAAUGCUCAUGCGGUACAAAUAGUUCGUGUAGACGUCCUCAAGGAUUCUAUUGUCGAAGAGCUGGUUGUCUUUCAUCUACAUCAAAGCCCAACCAAACAAUACCUGGCUUAUUUGUCAGUUGUUUAUCGAUGGAUUCUGUACUUAUCUCAUCACUUGAAUGUUUCUACAAUGCUUCUUGUAUUGAAAUGCUUUAUGACUGGAUUCUAUUUGAAAUACCAAACGUUGUAAUCAAUGCAUCUGCUGCUGAAGUAACUCCACUUGAUCCAUCCGUUAAUAGUCGCUUUCCGAUCGAUAUGACUGUAGAUGAAAUUAGUUUUCAAUUAUUCAUUGAAAAUUGGACAGAUUCUGUUAGUUUCAUCAACUAUUAUCAUCAUUGUGCACCAACUGAAUGCAUAUACACUUUUCAGGAACGUUUUAAUCUGCUUUAUCUGAUCUCAACUAUUUUAGGUAUUGCUGGUGGUUUGUCUAUUGCCCUUCGAAUUCUAAUUCCAUUAUUCGUUAAAUUCUUUCGACGAAUAUAUCAUUGCCAAUAUUCUAACCGAUCGCAAACUUUAAUCAAACCAUCAGAUAUCAUCAUUCGUAUUCGACAAUUAAAUUUGUAUCGUAAAAAGUUGAAUAAUGAACCAAGUGAUGUGAUAUUAAUUCAUCGUCAGCAAAAAGCAACACGAUUCUAUUUGAUUAUUUUUUGUUUAUCAAUGAUUAUUAUUCUCGUGUUCAUUAGUUUCAGUACACAAGUUCAUUCUGAAACUGUUUCAUCUCCAAGAGAAUCGACGUUUGAACUCUUAAAAAUUCAAUAUUCAUCAACCAUAUCUUGUCCAUGUUCACAAGUUGCUAUUCCAUAUUCACAAUUUCUUUUUGUCAACGUCUCAGCUUACCAUCAAAUUUGUUCAAGUUAUUUUAUUUCUUCGACGUUUCUAAAGAGAAUAUGGGGAACAGACACAGUAGGAGAUUAUAUCCUGUAUCUCGAUGCAAAAGUCUUAAGUGCUCAAUUGCGUACUCUAUCAUCAUUGUGCACUCUUGCUAAGAAUGCAAUUGAUCAAAAGAUUGAUAUUUUCUAUUCACAAAGAUUGAUUACCAUUGAACCGUUCACUCGUUUAUCGUUUCAGACACAAGUCAAUUCAAUGAUUGAAAAUUUUAUCAGUCAAUCGCCAGUAGAUUUUCGACAAACACUCAGUCAUAUCAUUGGUGUACUUCGUACAAAUCAAUUACAAAAUACAUUUCUCACCAAUUGGGCUUUAACGAAAUCAAACGCGGCUAAUGAUUCUAUGUUAUCAACACGUUCUAGAGCUUACAAUGAAAGUGGUCAGAUGUGCUCAUGCGCAACUUCAUCAACAUGUACAAGAUCAACUUUUCAGACAGGACUUAUAAUUAACAAAACAGUAGACGGAAUAGUAAUGGGAUGUUUGCCAAUAUAUGGUCUUCGCUUCUCUUCUCUUCGAUGUUUUUACAAUUCUACUUGUUUGAAAAGUUUAACUGAUUUUAUCGGCAUUACUGAUGUUUUAAAACCUCUCAAUGAUUCGAUAGAAACGCGUUUUAAUCCAAUACCAUUAAGUUCUAUUGGUACAUUAAUUGAUGAAUUAUUUAUUGAAAUAUGGAAAAAUUCAAGUAAUUAUUCAAGUUAUUAUUCUACUUGUGCACCAUUAGCAUGUCGAUAUAGUUAUACCGAAAGAAAUAGUCCUUUGUAUAUGAUAACAACAAUUCUUGGAUUGUAUGGUGGAUUAACAGUCGGGUUGAAAUCUGUUAUUUGGUAUGUUUUACUUCUAUAUUGGAAAAUUUGUCAAUACAUUAGAAAUCGUCGAGGAUAUGUUGAACCCGUAACAGAAAAUUUAUCGUGA